UGCAUACGCUUUAUUAGCUCCUGCUGGUGUCAUUUCAAAGGUCAGAGGCACAUUUUCUACAGUGGAUGCUGAAUGGGCUGAUCCUCUGAUCGCAGGUAUUGUGGCUGGAGGAGGGAGAGGGGCAGCACAAAGCAGAGAAGUUACCAACUGCCCUGGACUAUUUUGUUGUGUAAAACCUUUGUUUGUAUUGAUUCACUGUAAAUAUUAGUUGAGUCAUGUUUACUGGAGGUAUCUACAUGGAGUAGAAGCACUGCCGUUUUUUCUUGAUUUCAUUCAUCUGCAGCAUCGUUUUCAUCGGUGUGCCUGACACAGCCGUUUUAUUCCUGUGGGAUCAUGUGGAUUAUUUUGGCGAUUAUGGUGGCAGCAGUGGCUGCUGAUGGGAGAUUGGGAUGUCAGCUGCCCCGUGAAUGGAGACCUCAGACAGAAGCGUGCCGUGCGGAGAUGGCACAGAUCAUAGUGUUUGCCAAGGUGUUGGAACUGCACAAAGAGUUUUACAAUGUGUAUGAUAACUACCUGCCAUCCGACAACGAGCAUCUUUUCUCCGCCGAGAUUGAGCUGCUGUGCGACCAGGCGUGGGGCAGCAUGCUUGAGGUCCCUGCUGGCUCCAGGUUCAAUGUCACUGGCCUGGGCUAUUUCACCUGCUUCUCCUACAGUGUCACUAAAAACAACAACUACUACUUCUUUCUAAGGAUGGAUGAAAACUACAACAUCAUCCCUCAUGGAGUAAACUUCCAGGAUCCCAUAUUCCCCGACACGGCAGAGAACCAUCGCAUGUUUGCCAGCCUUUUCCAGUUCUCCAACUGCACGUCCGGUACUCAGGUCCACAGCUUCACCCCGGAGUGGGAGGCCCAGGAGGACAGCCGGCUGUUGUGCUCUGCGGUGCAGAAAGCUCUGUUUGAGGAGGAGGAGAAGGCCUGGGCUCUCUCCCAGAAGGUGCGCUCCUUGGAGAAAGCGAACGACCACCUGAGGGAAAAGGUGAAGACCAUGAAACGUCUGCUACGCCAAGCCCAGCGGGGAACAACCAAGGAGCAGCAGACCCUCAGCCUCAAACAGCUCUACGGGUCAAAGACGUCCCAAACUCACCCAGAUCAGGACACUGCAAGGGACCAGAGGGACCAGCCACUAAAAAAGGUCCUCUCCACUAAAAAACAGUACAAUUGACAUGGAAAAAGACAGAGCACUUCAUUACCUUCUGUAUAUCUUUAACAUCAUUAAUAUGCGCAGUCAAAAGGAACAAACCAAAUGUUUUUACUCCAGUCUAUUUCCUGAUGAAGUGACCUCUGCCAUUGAGAAUGUCACCUACAAAGAGAAGAGAAUAUCCAUGUCUAAGUGUGUGUGUGUGUGUGUGUGUGUGUGUGUGUGUGUGUGUGUGUGUGUGUGUGUGUGUGUGUGUGUGUGUGUGUGUGUGUGUGUGUGUGUGUGUGUGUGUGUGUGUGUGUGUGUGUGUGUGUGUGUGUGUGUUGGAAGAACAGGGCUUUCACUUGACCUGUUUUAAGGAUUUAGAUUAAGGAUAAAGGAUUAAAAUGGCUUCACAGGAGUAAAGAGUUCUUCAUGUAAUUCUCCUCAACUCUUAAUUCUUUUCCCCCCUUUUUUUCCAAUUUCACCAUGUUUUCUGAAUUACUUAAUUCUAUGUUAACCCCGCAACUUUUGCCUUUUAUGGCUUUUUUAUUAGUUCAAUUCAGUGGCAGCACAAUUACUUUCCAAACAUUGGACAGAGCUCUCAGCUGGCAGCUGCACUUUAAGUGGACAAUUUCAAAGCAUUGAUACAUUUGAUAUCUUGUUUGUUUCUGUGCUGGACACACUAUGCAUUGCGUACAUGUUAGAAUUAGUAUCAUACUUCAGAAAUAGCAUCAUCAAAAUGCUCCAACUCAAGCUCUUUAUAUAUCAUCUUGUUCUCAUCAGCUCUUUUGACCAGAACAAGGUGAUAUAAACAUGCCGGGUCUUUUUCAUUAUGCUACGAUGAUUUCAUAUGCUAUGAGUGUUUAUAUGAGUUACAGAGUAGCAGAUGUGCCAAAGUUUAAAAAGCUGCACUACCAAACAUUACGUCACAUCAUUAUUUUCUACCUGCUUUUCAUUUACUUGUAUCUAUUCAUACCCAAACUAUCCCAGAGUGUAUGCUUUUUACAAUUGUGUGAAUUCUUUCCAAAAGUGCCUUUUCCACAAGUUCUUCUUUUAUUCAAGUGUGUUCAUACACAUCAUGCUUAAGGAAAGUGUCAUUUUUGUAUUUGAAAACAGGGUGCUGAGCACUCAUUUAGAUCAGCCAGUGAGCCUGGCUUUUUCUGCGUCAGAAAUGAAAAUGUUUCUUAUAUUAUUCAACUUUAGUAGUUACUUUUAUUAUAACUUUUGCUUUCUCUAAAUAGCAGACAUAUGGUUUGCGCUGCCAAUAGCAUCCUCAUUUGUCCAACAGUUAUUGCAGUUUCUUCACUAAAUAAAUGACAUUUUAUAAAACUUC